AAUAGCAGGUGAAAACACAAAUAACUCACAUUCGCCAUCAGUAAGUCCGACACCAACGACAUGAACCCGAGUGCAAUAAUAAUUGCAAUUAUCCUGCUGCUGCCAGCCAGCCAGCAAAGUUCUGAGGGUUUGGAACGCAAGGUGCUGUCGUACAAUCCCACCUAUGAAAUCUGGUUUUUCGUUCCAACUGGCCGGCCCAAGAGUGUAUCCGACAACGUGAAGGAUGCCUAUUGGGCUGCCCGAACUAAAGGAGGUGUUUGCUAUACUGAUCAUUGGUUCUACUGCAAAACUGGCGAAAAAAUAGAAGAGUAAAUUUCUAAACAAAAAGAUAAACCCUAUUAUCAAUAUUUGCCACACUUAUCGCUUCAUAAAAAUUAUACGUGUAAAGUUUACACGGUGACUUGUUAUUGUAUUUAUCAGAAACUUAACGCAAAAAUAAAUUCAAUUGCUUAUGGAUUAGAUAAAUCAGGAAAAGUAUGCGGUAGGUUCCAGAAACUACAAAUUUUUUAAUUAAAUAAAUUGGGAAAAUAAAACGCCCUAAAACCUAAA